AUUUUGCAAGAUCUUCCAAGCAUUUAAGGUCUGAAAUAGAUUUGUUUGGGACAUUACACAACUUACAUAUUCAUAGAAUUUUUCGUUACAGGACGAUUCCAUGGCUGGCGCAAGUUCAGAGAUAGAAAGAUAUUUUGUACAGAAAGAUUCCAUGGCUGGUGCAAGUGCAGAGAUAGAGAGAAUUGUUCUAGAUUUGCUCGAAGGUGCUGGGAAAAUUCAUUGGGUGGGAGCAGCACUUUCUAUGGUGGGAUUUGUAAUGGAGAGAUGUAUUCAGUCAUCUAACAACAAGAGUGAAUGCCUUGAAAUUCUGAGAAGGAUGGUUAAUCUUGGAAAGCGAAUUUUGCAGUUGAAUGACCAAAUGCCAGCCCAGAAGCAAAAACUAAACGAGGCAGUCCAAUGCAUUGUUGUAGGAUGCACAAUGUGCGCUUCACAACUUACAACAACCAGGGUUUGUAGGUUUCUUACUGCUUCCGUCAAUGCCGAUAGUAUAAAGAGUUUCCAAGUGAAAAUAGACCGUUUGUAUGAUGACCUUAUCUUGUGGGGCGUAACUGACAUGGAGAAAAGACUCACAAAGAUUGCUUCGCAGUCACAAGAACUCUAUGCAUACCAACCAGCAGUUGAAAUUGAGAGUGGACGAGAAACAGUAAUCCGACUGUUAGAUUUGAAUGCACAACAUACGUUAGUACAGGUAGUGGUUGUCUAUGGAUUUGGAGGGAUGGGCAAAACGACACUCGCUGAUGCCGUUUAUGCAAACAUCGACCUCCAAAAUCAUAAGCAUUGCAGAAUUCACAUGGAACAAAACUGUACCAAGAAUGAUCUUAAAGUCCUCCAAGAACAUAUUUUGAAUGGAUUGUUCCACCAAAAUGUGAAAUUGACAGACUGUCACCAAGGUCAGGGAAUGAUCUGGUCGUUCUUCAAAAAGAAUCCUGAUCAACCUAUAUUUCUAUACAUUGACAAUGCUCUGAAUAAAGCAGAUCUCAAACAACUUCUACCUGCAGAAUUGGGCAGUUGCCUUCCACCGAAGAGCAGAAUACUUCUCACUACCCGAAAUCUCCGAGAGAGACAUAUUUGUCGCCUGGAAUAUCCAACGCCGACAAUACUCUGUGAGCCCUCUUCCAUCGCUAGAGGCAAGAAAGCUUUUGUUGAAGAAUGUUCUAGAGUACAAUGA